AGUCUUAGAAACCCUAAAGGUGGAUCUUAAAAGUAUUGUGUUUCCAAACAUUGUCUUGGUUCCCUAACAUUUUAAUUCUCCGGGACUUAAACGAUUACAAUCAUGCCGAAGAAAAAAAAGACGGGGAAAAAGAAAUCCAAAUCUAAACGAGUAGUGACAGAGCCGCCACGACCAGUCGAUCCGAUCCCGCCGUUGCCACCGCUUCCGCCGCAGCCUUCGUACGGAGAAUCGAUUCGUGAUAUAUUAAUGGGUUCUAAGGUUACUGUAACUGAGAAAGAAUACUUGGGUGUUAAAAUUUCUAGUAAAAUACUUGAUGAAUUAACGCCACAAGAGAUAAGAGACUUAAAAACUGUUUUUGAUGCAUUCAGCAAUCGAAGAAGACAAAUUGAUGCUAUAUCGUUGCAGAGAGCAAUGAGAGCUCUGGGAUUCAAAAUAACCAGGUCUGAUGCAAGAGAAAUGAUACGAGAUGUAGAUGUUGAUAGAACAGGAAUGAUAGAAUUUAAUGAAUUUUUAGAAUUUGUAAUCCAGCAUCAAGGAUCAGCACAAGAUAUUCAUGAUGAGAUUAAACAAGGUUUUCAAAUGUUUGAUUUUGAUGGUACGGGACAACUUACUCUAGACAAUUUAAAAUUAGCUUGUAAAGAAACUGGAGUGAAAUUUACAGAACAGGAAUUAAAGGACAUGAUAGAAGAAGCUGAUACUAAUGGUGAUAACCAGGUUGAUGAGGAGGACUUUAUUAAUGUUAUGUUGAAAACAAACUUGUUUUAAUCCACCUGCAGCCACUUUUUUUAUCUUACAAAAUGUUUCAUUA